GUACUGUAUUUGGAACAUCCCAGAUUGCAUGCGGUCAGACAGUGGUUAUACGUCAUGUGACUGAGGGUGAAGCAUUGUGUUUUCCUGAAUGGACGUAGCACGCUUGUGUACAAUCCACUCUGCACCCAAACAUGGUGCAAUGCCAGGGCUGUUGAUUUGAUGGUGCAAUAGAAUAAAGCAACACACAACAACAGUGAUUGGUCACCGCAGUGUGAAAUUUGAAAUAUGACUCACGGCUCUGAGGUGAAGCUGAGGUAAAGACUGUAUAUGGUCUCAAACAUCACUUUUUAAUCAAUAUCAGUAUCAGAAGAGUGAAUAAAUAGGCUAAAAUAAAUGGAAAGUUGAUAUGGAGAGCCCUGAUUGGGAUCUGGCCUGUAGUUGAGGGCCUGUAGGAACACGCCCUCCUGGCACCUGCUGUUUUCCCAUAGUAGAUCUGACAUGGUGGCGGUUUAUCUGUGUGUUGUGUUACGUAAGAGGCAGCGUGUGGACGUGGGUAUAAAAGCUACCGUAUGUACAGCAGCAGUCAGUGAGCACUUCCUCGCUGUUCAGCCAGUCUGUGUUCAGAGACGUGGAUUUUUCUCAUGGAUUUACGGUUAAGAGGGAUCGUUUUUCUGCUGCUGGUGGUCGGGGGUCUUAAUGAAGACGUCCACACUAAGCACAUGGAUACUGUCAUCAAAAUUUUGGCGACCAUUGAAGCUGACAACCCUGGUCUGGAGCCUUUAGAUUUGGUGAUUGGUCUCCGUAAAGCUGCUGGAAUUGAGACACCCUUUAUUCAGAAUUACUUUGGACCGCUGAGUGAUGACAGUCGCUCAACCACGCUGGUCCUGAAGCCAGAGAUCAGUAGACUGAUCACCAGCGGGAUUAAGCACGAGGUGACGGGACUGGGAUUAGAGGAAGGGGUGGUCCUGACUGGUGAUGGUUUCACUGUGGCUCUGACUCCUCUGCUUCUUGGGCUGGAAGCUGGUUUGAGGUCAACGUCGCCAAGACGUGUACGUGGCCUGUAUCCUCUAACCCUAACCAAUACCUUGGUUCGUUCGUUCCUCCACCAUUCCCAAAGCGACCCUUCCACCUCCUCCAGAGUGGGAACUGCCGGCUGUUGGAACAGCGUAAAGGACCCUCAGGAGUUCACGCUUUCUGGCGUGGCCUCCUUGGCGACUGACGCCCUCAUAAAUGGAGGAAUGGACGGAGCGAUUCUGGGGAAGCGCCUGGCGGAAACAGCCAACAGUCGUCCGGUAAAGCUGAGCAGCUUCCUGAAACGCUACUACAACCAUCAGCUAACCGAAACAGGCCUGGACUCCGCCCCUAAACUGAUCAGUCAACGCCGCAGAACCAACUUCCAGAAGCUGGUCAACCUCCCUUUACUGAGGAAGCAAGUAGCCAGGAGUCUGUCCACGGUUCAAAAACUCGACAAAACCAUCAGACAGCUAAAAAUGGAGAAGAAGAACAUGGAGGAGAUUGUGAAUCAGGGACUCGACGAGUUCAUCCACACCUAUAUCGAUUGUCCACCUAUCGUUUCACGGUGCAUGUGGGAAGCGAGGCCUUAUAAAGGAACCCCCACCAUGCUGAAGCUGCCACUGUCCUACUUGUACAUCCACCACACCUAUGAGCCGUCCAAACCCUGCCUGACCUUCGCCGACUGCUCCCGCGACAUGAGGUCCAUGCAGCGCUACCACCAGGACUCCAAUGGUUGGGAUGAUAUUGGAUACAGUUUCGUGGCCGGCUCUGACGGGAACAUCUAUGAAGGGCGUGGCUGGAACUGGCAGGGUGCGCACACUAAAGGCUACAACUCUAAAGGUUACGGCGUGUCCUUCAUAGGAGACUACACCUCCAGCCUCCCGUCAAAGAGCGCCAUGGAUCUCGUGAGGAACCAGCUGGCAAAGUGUGCCACGGGCGGCGGGAGACUGGUCUCUAACUACAUCAUACACGGGCACAGGCAGCUGGUCAGCACCUCCUGCCCCGGGAACGCCUUUUACACAGAAAUCAGAGGCUGGCCGAACUUCAGGGAGGUUUAAAGACGAAGACUGCGGACUCUCCUCGAAUGCUAUGCUUUGCCUUCUACAAUAAACCUUGCAAGUCUUGAUUCAUGCAAACAUGAUUUAUUCUUGUUUAUUAAUCAUUACUGGUUAUUUAGAUUGUUAGAUGAUUCAGAUAAUCAAUAUUAUAAUAUAAGAUUAUUAUUAUUAUCAACGCAUAACACUAAACACUGACAAAUAGGUCUAAAACAACUUUUUAACAGUAUUUUCCCUGUACUUUUUUUUUCUCUGGAAGAUUGUAUUAAACUGACAAGAAAGCACUGUUUAUUGACGUGUCAUGUGACAUCCCCAAAAAACUGUAUAGGAGGAAUAAAUUAAUUUUAUUGUUUUAAUUUUAACAGCUUUUUAAUUCGAGGUAUUCUGAUUGAGCAUUUUUACAAGUGAUAUUAAUAAAACAAAUGCCUUUAAUCUCUUAUAAAUAAAACAGUAUUGUUGGGUAAUUUACCACAGCAAAAAUGUUUGUGAACCAGACGGACAAGAAAAACCAGAAGUCAGGAUAUCCAAUUUAGAAUAAAAUUUACUGAAGAAAAUCAUUGAAGUAUUACAGACACGCCAGUAGAUGAAUCAGACAAAAAGUAAGAAAAUAGACAAAAGUAUUACAGGAAAAAUGUUGUAGAUGGUCAAAAGUAAAGUAUUCCAAUCUCGAGAGCUACAGGAAAAGUCUGACUUUUCUGUCUCUGCAUUAACAGUUAUACUUGAAUAAUAAUUACAUGUAAAUCUACUUUACCAGGAUACAUGUUCUUAUUGGUUCUAUAAAAAUCAAUAAUGACAUAAUUGUCUCUAUGAUUGGUUCUUCAAAUGUAUCAACAUUACACUACUGAGUAAGCAUGACAAUGCAUUACAUAUGUUGCAUCAAAAAGGUGUACGUCACAAAGUCCGAACAUCAUGUUGUUUUCCAUUCCCGUGGCGUUCGGUGUCUUCUGGCCUGUCUGCGACUUUGCGCCACGUAGAACAGCCGUGCGUAGGCUAUCUAAGGAGAGGUUACUAGCACAAUCACUCAGAUAGCGGGUAUCUCCCUCUGCAGUUGUCAACAUCUUGUCCUUGCAUCCUGUCGCAACAUGAAACAACCUUAUCUCUUCUAAAUGUACAUAAUAUUCUAACAACACAAAGAUCCUAGUGGAAUAACAGAUUCUAAAAAUAAAAACUGGUGUGUCUGAACAAUUUAUUGUUAAUGAUUACAGUCAAAUGAUUAUAUUUAUUGAAUGAUCAUAAUUAUCAAAUAAAAGGAUAUUAAGUGUAGAUUAAAGGAUAUACACGUCCAGAAUCCAUGGACGGGGGCUUCCCAGAUCGCUCCCAUCAGUAUGAAUGUGUGUCUAUCCAAAGAUGUCAAGUGUGGACAAGAAAUCUUGGAAUACUCGCUUGGAAAUAAAUAGGAAAUAAAGAAUUUAACCAUA